GUGUGCGAGACAGGCAGAGCGGCGUGCGCCUGGCGAGACAAAGGCGGCGGACCAGGGAACAGCUAAGAGAAAGAGGUUAGCUAGAUCCAGAUACAAUUUUCGGGAGGUAUGUGCAUUAAAAUGUAAUAAACUACGAACCGAUACGAAAGAUGACGGGCCGCUAAACGACAUCCGGCUGGAAUAGGUUCUCAUCGACAGCCUGUCCCUUCUCAUUCGUUUUUAAACAUUUUCUCCAACGCCCCCCAAUUUAGCGAGCUAGCUAGCAUUAGCGCACUGGUCGCCACUCACCAUUCCUUCAAGAAUCAAAAGAGAGGAACUCAAUAAAAUCGGGAGUUGGCCAAAGGAAAAGAGCGCUUUUACACCCACAGGCGACCCAAGAUCGGAUGUUCAUCCUCGGGGACUAUGCCUAGCCCCUUAUUCCACCCCGAGAUUAUGGACCACGACAUGGUAGUGAGCAGCCAGCACAACGGGGUCAGCCUGCCCCGAGAAACGGAUCAGGAGUCCCGGGACGAGGGCCAUCAGGAGGUUCUCCGCUUCGCCAUGGACCAGCUGUCACUUAUGGCCCUGGAGAAGGUGGACUGUGGGGGCGGUGGUGGAGGGCACGUUGACCCACUCGACGAGAACCAGGGUCCGGUCUCCGAGAAUUGCAACGGCGGUUAUGUCAACCUGCAGUUGCUGGAGCACACAGGAGGCUCCCGGGAAUCCCCGACGUCCUGCUCCCCGUCUCCAGAGUACUAUGGAUCGGGCGGGUACCACAUGGCUGGCCCGCACUCUCACUCCAUGCUCGGGGAACAAAACUCAAUUAUCUGCAAUCGUAAAAGGAGUGUCAACAUGACCGAAUGCGUACCUGUGCCCAGCUCCGAGCACGUUGCUGAAAUAGUGGGAAGACAAGGCUGUAAGAUCAAGGCACUGCGUGCAAAGACCAACACCUACAUAAAGACACCGGUGAGGGGCGAGGAGCCCGUGUUCAUCGUGACAGGGCGCAGGGAAGAUGUGGAGAUGGCCAAGCGGGAGAUCGUCUCGGCGGCCGAGCACUUCUCCAUGAUCCGGGCGUCCCGCUGCAAGGCUGGGGCCACGGGCACAGGAGCACCCGGGACGGGGGGAGCAAUCCCAGGACCCCCACACCUGCCUGGUCAGACCACCAUACAGGUUCGGGUGCCGUACCGUGUGGUUGGGUUAGUGGUUGGUCCCAAGGGGGCGACCAUCAAGCGCAUCCAGCAGCAGACCCACACCUACAUCGUGACACCCAGCCGGGAAAAGGACCCUGUGUUCGAGGUGACGGGCAUGCCAGAGAAUGUGGACCGAGCCCGGGAGGAGAUCGAGACGCACAUCACCUUGCGGACCGGGGCCUUCGUGGACCUCCAGGGAGACAACGACUUUCACACCAACGGAACCGACGUUAGCUUAGAGGGCCUGGGCUCGCUGGGCGCUGCUCUCUGGUCUCGGGCCAACAACCACCAUGCUGCCCCUCCACCCCCACCUCCUCCUCCACCACCGCCCCUCCCGCUGGCCAUGCACCACUCAUCUGGGAGGAAGCUGUCCUCCUUGGCCUCCUACCAUCAACAUAAGGGAGGGAUGGGCUCUGAGAGCUACAGCGCCCCCAGGAGGGCCACAGAGGGAGACAGCCCAACCAGCCCCUUCAGCACAGGCUCCAGCAGCGCUGGAGGAGGCGUGUUCACCCCUGGCCUCCCCUCUGAGGAGCUGGGCUUUGAGUUCAGCGCCGCCAACAUCUGGGCACCCUUCGUCAAUGGAGGAGGAGGGAAGGUCCCAGGCUCCUCCCAGCAGCAACCUCUCCGCCGAAACAGCAGCGGCCUGAGUGGAGGCGCCAUCACACCCCGCCUGUCCCCCACCCUGCCCCCCGACGCCGUGGUGGGACCCCUGGAUCAUCCUAUGGCCCGCCGGGCCCAGAGCGACCCCCUCAGUGCCCUCUCAUGGCUGCAGUCGGGCGGUACUGGUGCAGGGACCAUCUCCGGAGGAUCUAGCUCCAGCUCCGGAGGCUCAUCCACUGGUUACUCCUCCUGCUCAGCCUCCUCCCUGCCCGGAGGCUCUCCCACAGACUCGGAGGGCGGGGGCAGUGGAGUGGGCCUGGCCUCUGGCAUGCUGGGCCGGCUGAAGCCUGCGGCAGGCUCUGGGGCUGUAGGUCUGAUUGGUGUAGGGCCAGGGGGCGGGAGCAGGGACUGUUUUGUGUGCUUUGAGAGUGAGGUGACAGCGGCCCUGGUGCCCUGCGGCCACAACCUCUUUUGUAUGGACUGCGCCGGACAGAUCUGCCAGUCCGCUGAGCCCGAAUGCCCUGUCUGCCACAUCCCUGCCACACAGUGCAUCCGCAUCUUCUCCUAAUGAACCCCCACCCAAAGACAAGGGAGAGAAGUGGAGGUGAGAGGAGGAGGGUGUCAUCUUAAAAAACAUCACUUUUUUCCCUCUCUGACUAUCCAACAGAACUGCAGUGGGGCAUCAACUGUGGAGGAAUGGACACCAACAAUCUUUGCUAAUAGGAUGGGCUAUAAUGAUUACAAUAUUAGAAAUGACACUAUAAAGAUGUUGAUUUAAUUAUAAUAACUAUGACAAGAAUAAUGGUAGUAAUAAUUAUUAUUAUUAUUUCCAGACGGGCUGAUUUUGGUUCAUUCUGCAGACUGCAGAAGUAGUUGGGCUGGGAUCAAGAGAUUUCACGGUGGACUUGUGUCUUAUCUAUCUUCAGGCCUUCAUUCUGACCUGGACAAGCCUUCAGGACUCAGCCUCUAGGUUGUCUGUCUGUAUAGUUUUCAUUCCCUCGCGUCUUCUUCUUCAGAUAUCUCUGCCUGCUUCUUUCACAAUCCUUUUCCUUUGCCACUUUUGUAAUUAAUAACAGAUAUUUUUCGACGGAGCUGCCUAGACCUGCACCUUUCUGGUUUCUUUCCGAUGUUCUUUGACAGGAUAUGAAACACUGUUUUUCUGGUCUUCUCUGUUCUCUCUCUUUCUCUCAUGCUGUAGUAUAGUGAUGUAGAGGAAAGGCUUUGGGAUUGUGGUAUGAGCCUGGAACUGACUUUAAAACAGGCACAGAAAGAGACACAUAUGAGACAAGGCUGAGGGACCUCAUAGAUGUUAUGAAUGAAGACUGAAACACUUAAGAUAUUUAUACUGUUCAAAAAGUGAUAUUCGGUGUCUUGGUUUUAAUGACCAGUAUAGGAAUAAUAUAAUAGUUAAGUUAUUUAAGGAAGUAGUAAUGCCAUAGGUCAGUUACUCAGUCCCCGUUGGUCUGUCUUUCUCUCAAACCCUCUCUUCCUAUCUACCCUCCCCUCUCUCCUUCAAUAGUUCCAGAGUUGGGCUUUGUUUCUGGUUCGAUUGAAUGAAGCCGAGCCUUGUAUUAAACCCUACUGUUGUAUUCCACGUCGAAUGCUCAGCUGACAACAGAAUGUGUAAUUGAAACAAACAUGUCUUGUUUUGGGCUCCAUUCCUCUUUCUUCCCCUUGUGGAGCUCAGUGUAGACACCUAGCCAUCCACAUGACAAACUAAACCCAGUCCACCCAGAUCUUCUAUCUGAUUUGGACAGCUAAAUAUUUUUUAGAAAGGUUUUGGGUUUUUCACCGUAAACUGUGGCCCGGUCUGCCCCUGACUUCUCGUCUGUCUGUCUCUCUUUUUCUCUUUCUGUCUGUCUGUGUGUCUCUCUCUCUAUGUGUGUUGAAGUCCAACAGGAGUAUAUUGGUCUUGGUGAUGUCACACACACACAGGAAUGUCUCUGCCAAUAGGGAUCUUGGUUAAGAGGAGGCGGCCCGUCCCCAGUAUUAAGGGGCGUCAGAAUGAGCCGUAUCUCUGUGCACUGCAAACCUUGAGCGACACAUUGUAACGUUUUUAGCCCCCACCUCAACUCCCCCAGCUAAGCUCUUUUUCUCCUAGUCUAACCCCGGAUCACCCAGCCCAUGCGGCAGUGGCAUCCUGGGAGAUAUGUUUUCUGUGUAUUUUCUUUCUAGUAAGUUCACAUCAACUGCCUCUCUCCUAUGGUGUUUUUAAGUAUGAUGUGGACAGGUUGGUUUUGUUGGUACGGUACACAGUUGUAGUAUGUAGCCCUUUGAACAUAUACAGAUGUAUUAAUAGAAUGAGACAAGCCAUGAUAAACCAGAUUAAACACAGGGCUUCCUAUGAGCACACACACUACAUUUUCAGGUGUUUAACAUUCUCAUUGGUGACAACAGCGAGAGUAAUAAAUGUAUCCAAUAUGGCAGCUAGUAGCUAUUUCAUCCAGGGCUUCCAGACACUAUGUGUUCAAACCCAAACAGCUGCAGAAUGUGUUGCUUGUUCUUUUCUCUCCGGUCUACGUCUAUAGAACAGUAGUCAACCUUGUUUUUUUGGUCAACCCUGUUAGUACCGGUCUGUCUCAGUGGUCAACCCUGUUAGUACCGGUCUGUCUCAGUGGUCAACCCUGUUAGUACCGGUCUGUCUCAGUGGUCAACCCUGUUAGUACCGGUCUGUC